AUGAGCAAAGCUAACAAAUUUAUUGCAACUUUAUAUUAGGUUCUUGAAGUAAUUAAUACCAUAAAUUUAGAGCAAUGAAUAUUUUAAUUAUGUUUCUUGGACAAAUAAUGGAACAUCUUUCACAAUUCAUAAGUUAGAUGAAUUUUAAAAAAUUGUUAUAAAGGAUUGCUUUAAUUCAAUAAGCAUUUAAUCAUUUUAUAGACAAAUGUGUCUAUAUGGGUUUAGAUUGAGGAAGAAAAAAGGUUUAAAGGAAUACUCUCAUCCAAAUUUUAUAUAAGGAAGAUUGUACUUAAAAUAGUUUAAGCAGUUAGCAAAGAGUUAGGUCUAGUUUAAAGAAAAAGAAAGAAUUAAGCCAUAAGUGAUGAAUUAAUUAAAGUGAGUAAUAGUUUAAAGGAUUAACUUCAAAAAUUAAAAGAAUAAUAAUAUUCUUUCUUAUAUCAAUUGAAAGCACAAUAUGAAAUCCAUAAAAUCCUAUCCAAUAAAAUAAAAUCACUUCUUUCAGUAAAAAUGUUAUAAAAACAUAGUAGUAAUUUGAAAAUUAAUAUCCAGAAUUUUGGAAACAAUAAAUGAGAAUAAUAUUAAAGUUAAUAGUUGGAUGCAAACCAUUUUAUGGAGUUCAAACUUCAGCACCAUUAUAUGAAAUAUUGAAGGAUGAUUUAUUGUAACAAAAUGAUUUUUAUUCUCCAAAAUAAUUGCCAUUUUAAUGA